GAUUACUGACAGUUGGACGAUUGGUAUGCAAAAUUUAUAGAAUUUCAUAAAUUGGGUUAUGCACAAGUUAAAGAAGAAAACGAAAAAAAAGAAAAAGAACGAUGACAAAGAUGCGGCGUUACAAGAAGUCGACCGGGCUAUGUACAAUGUUCAAAUUGCUGAUCUAACGGAAAAACUUACCAGAGUAACAAAUAGGUGCACGGAGUUGGAACAAAACAGUGAAUCGGAUAGAGAUAAAGCCAACGCGUUGAAAGAAAGCCAGUGUGAUAUUAUUGCAUAUUUGUCCCGUCAGGUUGAAAUGAAAAACAACGAAAUUUUCGACAUGGACAACACGAUUUCCACAUUGAAAACGACUAUUGAACAUCAAAAAACUAACUACGAGGACAUUAUUGAGAAAAAAAACAGUCGGUUCGAAAUUGUGUUCGGGCAGCUAACGGCUGAAAUUGGCUUACUAAAAAGCAAAGUGAAUUCAUUAAAUGAAUUCAAGAAACAAAGAUCUCAACUUAUGGAAAAGUUUUUGAGACAAGAACAAGAACUGUGCGAAUUAAAAAAAGAAAAAGACAAUUUGAUAUAUGACACCGACAAGAAACUUAUAAUCGUUAAAGAGCAUAUGAAACGUCAGAACGAAGCAAAACUGUCUGAACUCUCCACGAGCAUUCAAAGUAAUUUGCAAAAACUUAUGACGUCAACGUUUGAAAGGACUUUAAAAGAAAACGCUGUUAUCAACACCGAAUUGACAGAAUGCACUGAACGAUGGUUAAUGAUAAACAGAAAAUAUGACUUGGUGAAAUCGGAAAACUUUGAUUUGAAAAUGGAGAAUAAAAUAUACAUGAAAGAAAAUAGUCGCCUCAACAAUAUCGUUAUCGCUCAAAAACUGACGAUGGACACGUUAAAAGUUCACGAACUAGGACUUAACUGGAAAUUGCAAAACUUGUGCGCGAGAAACCACUCGGACAGGAGAACUACAAUCAAAGCUAAAAUCGUCCGGUACAUUGCAGCCAUUAAUAAAAUGAAGAAAAAAUUGACCGGCAAAAGUCGCAAAAUACGCGAUUUGAUUAAUAAUUUAACUGCAAUGAAAUCAGAAUUAAAAACGUUGAGUAUGCAUAUUUAUAAAAUGGAUUCCAUGUUUGUCACAAUCACUGCUUCUAUCGAACGAAAAUUAAAGGAAAAUCAAUACAAUAAAGAAGAAAUCGAUAAAAACGAUGGAGUUUAUUUCAAGUUUUUACAACAUUUAUUCGACCUUUUUGUUGCCACCAAGUUGAGAAAAGUGGAAAUACAAGGAUUCGAUUCUGUGGAUGCAGUUAAAGUGUCGUUAUUGAACUUGAACAAUUCUCCGAAAACACCGACUUAUUGUGUUUCGACAUUUCGAAAAUUCAAUCGAGGAAUGAAGAAAAAAGUGUUGCCUUUAAUUUAA